GCAACAAGAAAACCGAUUACGCAUAUUAAAGACAAUAACCAAGAAUGGACGUGCAAAGUGCGGGUUUUGGAGAAGCGUAAUAUAAGAGAUUCACAAUUUAGUCCCAAUAAUAAGUAUAGACCGUUUAUCUUGCAAGAUGAAGAGGGAACAAAAGUAUUUGCCAUGGCAAACAGCAGAGACAUUGAUCAAGUUGAUCGAGUACUUGAUUUGAAUAAAACUUACAACAUAACUAAUGCGGUUGUGUUGCCAAGUAAAUAUAAUGUGCAACCGCCAUCGCCACAUUACAAGUAUGUUUGGAUGCUCAGUAGGCAGACUUAUAUUGAAAAGGUCCCUGAUUCAGAUGAAAUUGAAAUAUCAAACAAGCAAGAAGAUACACUAACAGCAUUUCAUGAGUUCUACAACCUUAUUGGAACUAAAUGUCCCAUAAAUUUCAUGGCCAUUGUUCUUGAAAAGAUGCCCCGAGAAUAUAUUUCAGUUAAAGGGACGGCAAAGACAGCAUACGAAUUCACAGUUGUUAAUGAAGAGUAAGCAAUUAUUAGCCAUAAUUCAUUUUAAUAUUUUUGUACAUAUAACCAACAUUUGAAAUGAUUACCUUGACCAGAAUGAAGCCAAUGUUACUGACAUUGUGGGAAGACUUUGCCAUUUAUCAAGGGAAGGAACUCAUGUCUGUGUUGGAUAGUGGCCUCUUCCCAAUAAUUUUGGGAAAGAGGGUUAUUGUCAACAACUUUAAUGGUAAACCAUUAUUUACCAACGUACAUAUUUUUAUAAUUAUACUAAAAAAUCAUUGCUAAAUGAAUACGGUGUAUGACA